AUGAAAAUCGGUGGCAAGAUCUCGCCAAAGGUGCCGGCAUCGUCUCCGAAGAGUGUACAUCAAAAACAGUUCCAAGGGCCAGUCUUGAUAGGCGUUGUUAGUAUUAUUCUAAUAAUCGUGAUUGGAUUUCUUAUAUUCUGGCUAUGUAAAAGUGCGAAGAAAAUGAAGGGAUAUCUCAUCAAAGUGCGAUCUCAACGCGAAAGCAACGUGUAG